CUUAGCGUAUAAAUUAAUGGAUCCUUACCAAACGGCAGAAACUGAAAACGAGAUUUCAUUCCUCCUUGCGGUUUCGUUGCAACCAAAUUUCUCGAAUUUGCUGUAUAUAAGCGUGGAUUGAUCGGCGGUUUGGAUCUCCCUCUUUCGAAUUUGUUGCUGAAUCGCAAAGGUUUUUCAUAUGCGUUGCGAUUUUGUUGUAAUCUUGUAUCAUGAGCAAUAUCCCUAGAUCUCUGACGGAUUCGGCGUUAACGCUCUUCAAACUCGCCAUUUCGGCAUCAGAUCCUUGGCCGUUCUCCCUCAUCCUGUUCUAGCAUCGAUCGAUGAGAGAUGCCGCACAUUCAUUUCGCGCCUCACUUCCACCACCACAACCACGGCGGCUGCAGCGGCGAGAGGCGCGAGGCCAGGGGAAUACCGAAAGGAUGCCUGGCGAUAACGGUGGGGCAGGGGUUGGAGCGGCGGCGGUUUGUGAUUCCGGUGAGUUAUUUGAACCAUCCGCUGUUCACGCAGCUGUUGAAGGAGGCGGAGGAGGAGUACGGAUUCGAUCAGAAAGGUGCGAUCAACAUUCCUUGCCAUUUGGAGGAUUUCAUCCAUGUCAGAGGCUUGAUCGACAAGGAAGCGCCGCCGCAUCACCACCAGCUCCCCUGCUUCAAGGCUUGAUUUCUUUCACCUUUCCUCUGAUGAGUUUCUUUUAGUGAUUUGAGUUUGAUUCUAUCAGAAACUGAAAAAUUUUCACUCUCCUGCUUGUUCCUUUGGAUUUGGCACUUAAACAUUGAAUAAUCAUGAUUUUUGUGCUAUGAUUUCAUCGACAUCUAAUGCAUAAUGUGCUUAA